AAUGAUUUUCCAUCUAUAUAACAAUAGAGUAGUUGGUUGUUCAUACAUCACAUAGCAAAACUAAAUUCCACGGUGAAAUUAUUCCGUUCAUCGACAAUUAUUCAGGGAAACUUAAGAGAGAAAUCUAGCAAUGGACAUGGAUGGAAUAGAGCAUAAGAUGGUAGUUGUAAACGGCAUAAACAUGCACAUAGCAGAGAAAGGAGAAGGGCCAGUUAUUUUGUUUCUUCAUGGUUUUCCUGAGCUUUGGUACGCAUGGAAGAAACAGAUUAUUGGCUUAGCUUCGAGCGGAUACAGAGCUGUGGCUCCUGACCUUCGCGGAUAUGGAGACACAGAUGCACCAUCAUCUUUCACCAAGUACACAACUCUUCACAUUGUUGGUGAUCUCAUUGCUCUAAUUGAUUCACUUGGCCUAGACCAGGUGUUUGUCGUUGGACAUGACUGGGGUGCAAGUAUUGCCUGGGCACUUUGUUUGUAUCGUCCUGAUCGAGUGAAGGCAUUGGUUAACAUGAGUAUCGCAUUUACUCCUCGAAACCCUUCAGCGAAACCCACUGAUAGACUGCGAGCUGCCUUUGGCAACGAAUACUACAUGAUCCGCUUCCAGGAACCUGGAGUGAUGGAAGCUGACUUUGUUACGGUUGGUGCUGAAAAUGUUGUUAAAAAACUUCUAACUAGUACGAGUCCAAUGAUACCUACAGAUAUAGGGUUAUGGGGUCCACCCAACACUGAAAUAACCUUGCCCCCAUGGUUAUCUCAAGAAGAUGUUGAUUACUAUGCAACAAAAUUCGGAGAGAAAGGCUUCACUGGAGGACUAAACUACUAUCGUUCUCUUGACCUGAACUGGGAAUUGACUGCAGCCUGGACAGGAGCCAAAGUACAAGUACCUGUUAAGUUCAUCGUCGGGGAAAAUGAUUUGAGUUAUAAUAACGCACCUACAAAAGCGUAUAUACACGGAGGUGGCUUGAAGAAAGAUGUUCCACUCCUUGAAGAAGUAGUUGUAAUGAAAGGAGUUGGACAUUUCAUUAACUUGGAAAAACCAGAUGAAAUUAACAAACAUAUUUCUGAUUUUUUUGGCAAGUUUUGAUUGUUUGGUUCUCCCUAAACAAAGCUCGAAUUUGAUUGUGACUUGUGAAUGUGUGAUAUAAACAUUUUGUUGUGUUAAAACAAAGAGUUUGUUUUGGAACUAUAUUUGUAUGCUACGAGGGCACAAAUAAUCUUGUUUGCUGCUUA